CUCAAAGUCAGCUGCUGCGGAUCUGCCGAAAGAGGGGGAGGGGUGCUGAAAAAUAGCCGCGGCAGCGGGACUCCGCGCGCGUCCAGAACCGGAGAACCGGCAGAACCCAGAGCGUCCUCAACCGGUUCUGGUGCAACUGGGCAGAUAAAAGGGAGAGAGCGCCGUGAUUUUCCUGCCGGUCAGCACUCUCCUCACGGCAUCAUGGCUGCUGCCCUGCUUGUCUCCUUGAUGGCAUCGUGGGUCCUGGCCGGGGUCGGUGUGUCUCUGGAAGCUGGCAGGCAGCUGUGUCCUCUGCAGUGUGUGUGCGAGACGAGGCCCUGGUUCACGCCGCAGUCCGUGUACCACCACGCCAAAACGGUCGACUGCAAUGAGCUGCACCUGCACAGGGUGCCCGCCAACCUGUCCUCCGAUACCCAGGUUCUGCUUCUGCAGAGCAAUAACAUCUCCUCCAUCACAUCUGAACUGCAGAGUCUGAGCAAUCUGACUGAACUGGACCUGUCCCAGAACCACUUUACACAGGUGAGCUCUAUGGGGCUCUUCUCUCUGAGCUACCUGGUGACUCUGUACCUGGAGGAGAACCAGAUAGAGGAGCUGGAGGACUUUGGUUUAAGAAAUCUGUCCAGUCUGGAAGAGCUCUACAUCAACCACAACCGCAUCUCCUCAAUCGGACCCAAGGCCUUCUCCGGCCUCACGAACCUGCUGCGGCUCCACCUUAACUCCAACCGGCUGAUGGCCAUCGACAGCCGCUGGUUCGAGGCCCUGCCAUCCUUGGAGAUCUUGAUGAUUGGUGAGAACCCCAUCCUUGGCCUAGAAGAGAAGAACUUCCUGCCUCUCUCCCACCUCCACAGUCUGGUCCUAGCUGGAAUGGGUCUGGUUUCGGUCCCCUCAUCUGCCUUUAAGGGCCUUGACUACCUUGAGAGCCUCUCCUUCUAUGAUAACCGCCUCAGAUCAGUUCCUCGGGAUGCUCUGAGCAUGCUCACAAACUUGAAGUUCUUGGAUCUGAACAAGAACCCCAUCAGUCGAAUCCAACAGGGAGACUUCCAGAACCUUCAGCACCUGGAAGAGCUCAGUCUGAAUAACUUGGAGGAGCUGGUGAUGGUGGAGCAAGCAGCUUUCCAGAAUCUUCCAGAAAUCGGCAAACUGGAGCUCUGCAACAACCCCAGGCUGUCCUACAUCGACCCCCAGGCCUUCAGCAACCUGUCCUCCCUGAGGACUCUUCUCCUCCACAACAACCAGCUGAGCCUCCUCUCUGGUGACCUCCUCUCCUCCCUUCCGUCCCUGGAGGAGGUGUCUCUUCAUUCCAAUCCCCUGCGCUGUGACUGUUUGGCCUCUUGGGGGCCUCAUUUUGGCAACCAGUCACACCUGAAGCUGUUGGAGUCCUCCAUUACCCUUUGCUCCACCCCUUCACACUUGAUUGGCCAGGAGCUGCAGGAGGUAGUGGCCUUCGGAUGGGGUGGGGAUGGAGCCAACACCUGCCUGCCUCACAUCUCUCCCCAAGUCUUCCCAAAGACCUUGAACAUCAGCGCAAGGCAGCCAAUCACACUGGAAUGCUGGGCAGAUGCUGACCCCGCCCCUCAGUUCUACUGGAUUACACCAAAUGGAGACAAGGUGAGUUCCGAGGGUGUGGCUGCACCAAUCAUCUCAGAGGAAGGGCGUGGCCUACACAGUAUGAAGAAAAAGCACCGCCUGUCAGAGCCUGGAGCAUUGGUGAUCGAACACGCUGAGCCUUCAGAUUCUGGUGUGUACACCUGUGUGGCCUGGAACUUGGAAGGAGCAGACACGAAGAGCGUCUCCGUCUUAGUGGAUUCCAAAGGGUCUGGAGAGGGAAAGGGGUGGAGUGAUGAGCCCAGCAAAGAGCAUCCUUGGCUGGUGAACUCCUCCGGCACCGGCCACACUUUGGUGGUUCUGACAAAGGUGGUUCAUGCCCAGUCUGUGGUGCUGGGUUGGAAGCUGUCUCCCAGGAAAGAAGCCUCAUUUGUGGGUCAACUCCACCAGGGCGCCUCCCUCUCCUGGUGGACAAGUGCCACUGUCCACAUUGACAACCGUCAGAUUAGCUACACUGCAGAGGUUCCGGCUGAUGUUCAGGAGUACAACCUGACACACCUCCUUCCAGCAACAGAGUACCACGUCUGUCUCACAGUAUCCUCCUCCCCCAUUACAAAUCCAAGCUCCUCCCCCACUCCCAUCUCUCCCUCCUUGCCCCCACUCCCUCCUGGUCAAUCCUACACCUCCUGCCUAAACGUCACCACCAAGGAAGCGGGGUUCUCGGUAGAGCUGGUGACAUCACGCCGCAGCAGCGUGGCACUGGCGGCGGUCAUGGGCUCAAUGUUUGCCCUGUCCAUCAUGGCGUUGCUGGUGGUGUACAUGGGCCGGCGGGUGCAGCAGCACAAGACUUGUGGCCACUCACUGAAGACGUACAUGCAGCACGCCACCUCCAUCCCCCUGAACGAACUGUACCCGCCGCUGAUCACGCUCUGGGAGAGCGAAACUGAGAAGGAGAAAGAAGACAAGGAGGAGGAGGAGGCCCGGCAGAGGGGGGAGCGGGGUGAGGAGAUGGGUGGGACUCAGAUCAACACCACCAAGACAUACAUGUGGUAGCUGGUUUCAAAAUGAACAGGUUGGACAAAAGGUACCAGCAAACAGGGAGCGGGUGGGGUGGAGGAGUUAGGGUUUGCCCCCCCCCCCCCCCCCCCCCCCCCCCAGAAAAUCCGAUCUCAGUGAACAGAUUCACUUGAUGGUCUAACUGUGUUACACUUUUCUGAAUGUCUGACAUCUGUGCAGAUGAAUGUCCCACAGACAGCACUGUCCCCGGACGCAGCACAAGCACCCACUGUCAAAAGGUUAAAGGUCUCGUACCGCACGGUUCCCACCCCUCCCCCCUUAAAUUCCGUCUGCUUCACCUAGAACUUCAUGCCACCUUCAAUCCAUUUACAGGAUCAUGACAGCUUCAUGAUGGAACUCAGACCGCUGCACUGAAGCUUCAACAGAGAAAUCCUCUUCUGGGGUCCUUCCAGAGAGCCGUCUGUGGAAUGGAGCCCAUCAAAGCUUCUAAAGCUCUGGUGUCUGUGCUUCUGCUCGGAUGCUGACUGCAGUUCAGGAACUGCCUCUGAAAUCCCAUCAGGUCCAUUCACCUCUUGUGGUUAUUAAUAGUUUUCAUGUGAAGUUUUGGUCCGUCCCCAGAUUAUUAUAUCCGUCCCCAAUGGCACAGAGUAGACGGAGGAAGACUCCACGAUUCUCUGCUGAUAAAGCAAACCCAGAGAUGAGGAGGAGUCAGUCUAAAGAAUUCAAACAAGCACUUUACCAGAUGGACAGGUAAAGGAUUUGACGUGGCAUUUUCUGACAUGACUCUCAAAAUGAUGUAAAAGCUGUCCGAGCUUUAGAUCUGAUCAACUUGACGUUCUAGAACCACUCUAAGGCAAACAUGAAAGGAGGAGCCAGAAAUGAGGCCGUGAACAAGCUGUGAGACUCAGAAAGGCUCACCUGCAUUCAUGAUGGCACUGGUCCCUGAAAGAAGAGGACAGGUUUCAUCCUCAUGUCCGUAAAGUCCUCACAGGCCACAGAGCUGAUGAUCAAAUGCACUUCUGGGCGGAGUAGGGUGAGGGCGUUUCCAUCAGGUAAACAUCACCAAAGUCCAGUUCAGUUCUGAAGAGGCUGGAAAGGUUCUGCUGUGAACAGAUCAAAAAACCUAAAAGUUAGUCAUACCUUCAUUUCUUUUUAUUUUGGUGAUUAACGACUCAAUGCGCGGAGACACAUUGCCACCGACUCUAGGAAUGGUUUCCUCUUCAUAAAAGUGCAGCCGUCACUCAUAAGUUCCUUCAGUUUGGCUGAAAUCACCUUUCCGGACCUCCGUGGACAGGAAGGAGCUCAUCAACCCCUGGCGCUCAUGUAUGAGCGGUCUGAGUCGAUACGUGACCUUUAACUUUGGAAGAACACGUGACGCAUGAAUGCACCUGUGAUCUUUGCUUCACACUGCUUACUUUCUCUUUGCACUCACCUGUAGGACUGCUGACAGCACUUUUGUAAGAACCUGUAGACUGUUAGACCUCUCCACACGAGUUCUCCAACAUGGAUAUAACCUCAGGAUGCUGCUCUGUGCUGGAUUUUGUAGUUUUGGUCUUUCUCCUGGAUCUCCUUUGACUCGUUUGCUGCACUUGUUCAUUUUUUGGAGCAAACAGAACCCUGUGGCAGAUUAAAAGACCUGUUCUCCACUUCACCCCGAGGAUCCAGUUUUAAUUUUAUGUUGGGGUGUUGAGGUUUUGUUUAUAAUGCAGGGCUGGAUCAUAAACUGGAACAUUUGAUAGUCCUGCUGUUGGGACAAAGAACGCAAUGAGUUCACCAGCAGAUAAACUAGGUUCCCUGCUGGGUCCAGUUGGAGGUGGGGGGCUCCUGUCCCCCCCGGACAUCACGGAGGACUGGUCUUUCCAUCAGAAAAGGGAUCGCACAGGAAAGAUGAACUUCAUGAACUCCACCUGCAGCUGCUGCAGACCUGAAGUGAUGCACCAGCGCCCCCUGCUGUCACAAACAUGCCAGGUCAUUUCCAAGAAAAAUAAUGGAUGUUCCUGCUAUUGUUGUUCAGCACUAAUCUGUCAGAAUAUAAUCCUUAUAAAUCCCUACAAUCCUUCAA